AUGGCGACUGCUGAGACCAAAUUGAGCAUGAAGCUUUUAAUCGACACCAAGGCUAAAAAAGUACUGUUUGCUGAGGUUGAAAAAGAUUUUUUUGAUUUCCUGUUUCACAUUCUUUCAUUGCCAGUGGGCACUGUCAUUAAGCUUCUUAAGGAAAGAGGAAUGAAUGGGUGCUUGCCUAACCUCUAUGAAAGCGUAGAGAAUAUGAAUGACACCUAUAUUCAGUCGUCGAAGGAUAUCAUUUUAAAACCCGAGUGUCCUUUUAGAAUCUCUUCACUUCCUCUUCAAUUGCUUAAUGACGUUCCAACUCAAAGGGCUGUUUAUAAAUGUUCCUCCUUAUACUCCAGCGUCUGCAUUAAUGUCUCCGAUGACCCUAGUGCUAUCUGUGCUGUGCAACUUGUAACACCUAUAUUUCAAAAAGGUUGA